UUUUCUUGUUCCCAGCGUGCGCCAAAAAACAUCAGAGCCCCCUGCCACAAAAGCUGACCGAAUACCGAUGGCGGCCCGGUGCUACACGGCUGCCGUGGUCUCCUCUCCCAUAGCAGGAGCCCCCAGCCUCCCCUCUUUCCUCCCCGCAACCGCCGCCGCGGCGCUUCCCUCGUCGCGUCCAAGAUCGAGAGGAGCGUGGCCGUGCGGAGGAGGGCACCGCCACAGGCGAGCCGCCGUCCGCGCCAUGGGCUCCGCACCAUCGUCGUCGUCCCCGUCACCGCAAACGCCGCCAGGACAAGCCCAAGAGAAAGCGGACUAUAAAUCCCUAAGUGAAGAGGAGUGGAAGAAGCGGCUGACUAAAGAGCAGUAUUACGUUACUCGGCAGAAGGGCACGGAGAGAGCAUUCACUGGGGAAUACUGGAACACUAAAACCUCCGGCAUUUAUUACUGUGUCUGCUGUGACACGCCUCUAUUUGAAUCAUCGACCAAGUUCGACAGUGGUACUGGAUGGCCCUCCUACUAUAAACCGAUUGGCGACAAUGUGAAGAGCAAGCUUGAUAUGUCAAUCAUAUUCAUGCCCCGGACCGAGGUGCUUUGUGCUGCCUGUGACGCCCAUCUGGGGCAUGUCUUUGAUGAUGGGCCACCACCGACAGGGAAGAGAUACUGCAUCAAUAGCGCAUCUCUCAAACUGAAGCCACAAUAAUCGCUGGAUGCUUUAAGACGAAGUCAACUGUAACUUCUACCUGUUCAUAACGGGAUGUUUCGAUGUAUUUAACUUUGUUACGUGUGCAUGUAAAGUAUUAAGAGUGAAUUACCAAUAACAUAAAUGCUAAUAUUGCAGCAUUGUAGUCCCUUGUUACGUGUGCAUGUAAAGUAUUAAGAGUGAAUUACUAAUAAGAUAAAUGCUACUAUUGCAGCAUUGUAGUCUC